CACGUGACCAUUUAUAAACAUGGCGCAAGACAGCAAGGCACGCGUGUUAGUUUUAGGCGGUACUGGAUUUGUAGGAAGGAAUUUUGUACAUUAUUUAUUAGAAAAUGAUCUUGUGUCCAAGGUGCGAGUUGUUGAUAAAGUUCCACCACAGAUGGCAUGGUUGAACCAAGAACAUAAAGAGAGUUUUACCAGUUCUGCUUUAGAGUUUAAACAUGCCAAUCUUAUUAAUCCAGCCUCAACAGAUGAAGCAUUUUCUGAUGAUGGAAAUAGUUUUGAUUAUGUUGUAAAUUUAGCAGCAGAAACGAAAUAUGGACAGUCAGAUCCAGUAUAUAAAGAAGGGAUUGUUAAAUUGAGUCAAAUGUGUAUACAGACAGCCGCUAAACAUAAAGUUAAAAUGUAUAUAGAAUUCUCUACAGGGCAAAUGCACUCUACAGAUAAAAAACCAGUUACAGAAGAAACAAAAUGUGAACCUUGGACACAUUUAGCAAAACAUAAAUUAGAAGUUGAAAAAGAAUUUGAAAAAUAUCCGGAAUUAAAUCAUAUUAUUAUUCGUCCAGCUAUAAUUUAUGGUAUUGGAGAUCGACAAAGUUUAACUCCCAGAUUGAUGAUUGGUGCUAUUUAUAAAUAUACAAAGGAGAAAAUGAAGAUGUUAUGGACAAAAGAUUUGAAGAUGAAUACAGUACAUGUAAUAGAUGUUUGUAGAGCAAUAUGGUUUUUAUUUACACAUGGUAAAUCAGGUGAAAUUUACAAUCUCUGUGAUAAAGGUGAUACAGAUCAAGGAAAAAUAAGCGAAUUAGUAUCUGAAAUUUUCUCAAUCAAUUUUGAUUUUGUUGGUUCAAUAAUGUCUAAUAUGGCAAAGAUCAAUAUGUCUGGUAUGGUAGAAGAUAUUAAUGAUGAACAUUUGGCACCAUGGGCUGAUGCAUGUCAACGUGAUGAUAUAUCUAAUACCCCAUUAAAUCCUUGUAUAGAUCAGGAAUUACUGUACAAUAAACACUUAUAUUUGGAUGGAUCCAAAAUAGAAAAUAUUGGUUUUACGUAUCAAUAUCCUGAAUUAAAAAUUGAAUAUCUUAAAGAGGUUUUACAAGACUAUCUGGACCUUGGUUUAUUUCCGCGUUCUUUGAUGUCUGGUGAAACAUUUUUUCUCAGACCUAAUAAUGAAGAAGAUGAAUCGUGAAUAGCUUGCAAGCCCAAUGGGAUUUUUUGUUUUAUAUAAAUUUGCUCUUUUGGAGAUGGGAUUUUUUAUUUAAUUCAAGCAUAAUAAUGACGCGAAGCAAUCAACUUGCAUAAAUGCAUAAAAUGCACCAAAGAAAGAAAUAUUAAUGUCCCAGUUUUUAUAAUUUAUUUCAAAUAAAAUUUGGAUUUACUUUAAGACUUGAUUUGAUUACAGUAUGUAUGUGAAACUUCAAGGUACAACUUGAUUCGAUUACAGUAUGUAUGUGUAUCUUCAAGGUAUCCCUGUGGAUACUGAAACCAAUAUGCCCAAGGCCUAAUUAUAUACUUCUCAACAGUACGACAGAACGUUGAUCUCUUCAUCAAAUAUUAUUUGAAAUUAUAGGGGAGAAUAGCAAUAAUAUUUAUAAUUGUAUAAAUGUCAGUUUCUUUAUUAACCCUACUGUGUUUAUCAGGUUAUAAUAAUGGAAUAUUAUAAUAAGAUGAAAGAUUGUUAUUACUACAUGUAAAUAUGUAAUGAUAAAAAAACUAACAUAUACGUGCUAUCCAUUUACAAGAGUUAAACAAAAGUGCAUAUUUACUGUUUUGUUUUCUACAGGUUUAUUUCUAUUUUAAAGGCAUUGUUUUAAUGUUUUCAUUCCAAUAUUUAUAUUUAUUUGGUACAAUGUACUUGGCAUAUCAUGAGUCACAAAUUUAUGGUAUUCUAUGUCUCAUAGAGUUUUAUUUGUUUUCACUUUAUUAUCAUGUUAUUACUUAUUUACAGUUAAUGUGUAAUUACAUAUUCUCACAAACAUAAUUAUAUAUUCUUAAGCUUUCAAGGUGACCUUGUUUGUUAAGAUUUUGACUUUCCUUUAGCAUUCAACUAUUUUUAUCAAUUUUAGUGGGUUGAUUGAUAUUAUUUACAUAUUUCAAACAAUAUAGGAAAAGUUCAGGAUUUACCAUAAAUCCCACUAUACUAAAAAUGAACAGAAGGGACACUAAUAGUCAAAGUGUCUGCAUUUCUUAUAUUUAAAAUGUAUAUUACAUGGGAUAUAAUAUUUACUGGUAAAAUAAAAAGUUUUAUAAUCUACCAAAUUUACUUUUAUUUAUAUGCAGACUGAUCAAUCUAUGUCUUGGUUUUGUGUAAUUUAGAUAUAUGAAGAAAACUACACCAAAUGCAAAAUGUUUAUAUAAUAUUAAUAAUGUCAGUUUAAUGAUUAAUACAUUAUAGCACAACAGGCACUAUCUUUGGGUACAUUCUGCUGAAUUGUUUGUUUUAGUUUUAUUUCUUAAAGGGAAGGGGAGGUUGUAAAUAUUAUAAUGAAAUUGUCUUCCAGUGUCUGUGUUCACUACAGGGCUAUUAUUCCAUGCAGUAUAUAGGGCAUACAGUUCCAUUCCAUAUUUUACCAAUUGCUUAAUAUCUUAAUACAAUUCGUAAUUUCUUAUUUGGAAAUUGCUGUUUCUAUAGUAUACAUGUCACAAAACCUAAAGAAGAUGAUCUAGGUAUAAUGAUAUGAAUCACAUCACUUUGGUGUGCACCUCAGUGUACUAUUGAAAACAGAAGAACCCCAAAUAUUCACACAAGUAAUAUGGUCAAAACCACAUUCCAUUGUUAUUCCUAUGAAUUAUGUAAAUCAUAUCCAAAAUAAGCACUUUUUCAUUGCUAUCAUGAUUUGUUAUAUAAAUUAUAUCUAAAGAGAAUUGUUGUUUGCUGACAAUAACGUCUGAAAUGGGGUGAGAAAAGAAACAUAAGAUUAGAAUCCGAUUGAUUUAUUUUAUGUUGAUAUAAGAAAUAUUCCAAGUGUGCAUGUGAAUUGUUACGGAAUGACUUGUCUUUAUACUGCUGAUUUAUUUACCGAAUUACUCAUAUAACAAAAGCUCAAAUAGUUCAAUAUUUUUACAUAUAUUCUUUUAUUUCCUUUGUUAAAAUUAUAAUUACAUUAUACGAAAUAAAAAUAUAGAGAUUUC